AUGCCCAAACCUCCCGCCGUUGACUUCGACGACUGCGUGGGACUCAUCAGAGUCUACAAAGACGGCUCCGUCUGGCGCGCCAAUCUAGACAACCACCCGACCGCCACCGACGACGACGAAGACGGCUCCGUUCAGUGGAAAGAUUACGUUUUUAACCCUAAGAACAACCUUUCCCUCCGCCUCUACAAGCCCUCCGCGGCCGCCGCCGCCGCCGCCAAACUCCCCGUCGUCUACAACAUCCACGGCGGCGGCUUCUGCAUCGGCUCCAGGACCGAGCCGUACCACCACGGCUGCUGCCUCCGUCUCGCCGCCCAGCUCCGGGCGGUGGUGGUGUCGCCGGACUACCGCCUGGCGCCGGAGAGCCGGCUCCCCGCCGCGAUCGAGGACUGCCACUCGGCUCUGGAGUGGCUCCAGCGUCGAGCCGCGGCUGGAGACGACACGUGGCUGAGUGACGUGGCGGACUUCGGGAAGGUGUUUGUUUGCGGGGAAUCGGCGGGAGGCAACGUCGCUCAUAACUUGGCGGUGAGGGUCGGAUCCGGGUCGCCGGAGUUGGGUCCGGUUAAGAUUAGGGGCUACGUGGUGUUGUCGCCGUCUUUUGGAGGCACGGUGAGGACCAAAUCGGAAGUUCGGACUCCCAAAGUUCAGAUGCUGACCCUUGACAUGGUUGACUGGUUUUGGAAAUAUUCGAUCCCAGUUGGAGACACGUGCGAUCAUCCGUUGGUCAACCCGUUUGGACCCGGGACCGAACUGGUUGGACCGGUGGAGCUGGAUCCGAUCCUUGUGGUUUCGGGUGGAGGCGACAUUCUGGUCGAUCGCAUCAGAGACUACGCCGAGAAGCUGAAAGAGCUGGGGAAGAGAGUUGAGUAUGCAGAGUUUGAAGGAGAGGUGCAUGGAUUUUUCACCUACGAUCCAGAGUCGAAAGCGUCGAGGUCGGUGAUGGAUCUGAUUAGGAAAUUCGUCACCGAGAAUUCGAACUGA